GAUGCUCAAAAAAAUUUAUCACAAAAUUCCACCGGGAGCCACCUCAAAUGGCACGUCCGGACAGAAUCUUCUAUAUAAGGACUUAUUUGACGCCUUUUUUGCAACUUCGAGGACCAAACUGACCUUUUUCUCAUCAGAAUAGUGAAGAGGUAAUUGAUCUGUAUGGCGGGAAGAACAAUUCAGGUGUUUGGGUUCCCACAUCUGAUAUCAGCGGAGGCGGCCAAAACAUGGAUUGAAAAACACACCACCAAAAGGGGCUGCGUUUAUGCCCUCGAGGUGAAGAUGUCCAAAGGAGCUUCAAGAGCCUACGCCAUUGUGCAAUUCAGCUCCAAUGAAAGCUCAGAAGAAAUCAUAAAUUUGGCCAAACAGCACAAGUUGUAUUAUCGUACAUCCUUCUUGACUGCUAAGGAACUGGUGGGAACCCAAAUUAUGGAACCUAAGUCUUAUGCCCAUGAAAUGGAGAAAGUUGCUGUCUGCUUUGGAUGUCAAACUCGCAGGGAUGGGUUCCACGUGCUCUGGAGAAAGCGGAAUAUCUCUGUGAAAUUCGGGAUUGGAUUCAAGUAUGUGUUCUUGCUCCUCUUUCACGGCUCCACACAGUACAAGCUUCAGCUUUCUCGUCAAGGCAUUUCGAGAAUCACGCAAUAUUAUCCACAAGUUGAUCAGAAUGCAAAGUUUCUAGUCAUUCAGGUUUUCUUAACUAAUUACUUUGCAUGCCUAUGUUAUGCUUGUCAAUUUAUCUCAAAACAACUUCACUUUUUGAUUAAUUGUGUUCUCACUUGGAUCGAAAAUUUCUGAUUUGAUUAGCUUAGAUUUAGUAUAUUCGCUCUCGUCUGAUUGAGUUUGCUCUAGUCUCAUUUGGUUUAAAUUGAAACUUGUCCAAAUUGAAACAUCCUUAAUUAAUACUCCGUAUUAUCAUGAAAAAAAAUCAAAUUUCCCCUAACAAGGCAUAUAUUGGUCAUAUAGUAAUUAGGAUUUAUAUAUUUAGAAAAUAUAAAUGUCUAAGACUCUGAGUCAUUGUUAUAUUUAUGCCAUUAUGCUCCAUGUAGAUUAAAGCCGGAUGAAAUGAAAAGAAUCAAAUCUGUUUCUUCUUCAUUUCAUUCGUUGCUUCAUGCUCGUUCUUUUAUUCAUAUCUUUAAGUCUUCUAACCUUUAUAUCAUAGUUCUUACUUCUAUAAACUCAAUAUUCCUCCAAUGCCUUCUUCGUCAUCUGUGAAUGCUGUUAAUAUGUUCAAAGAUAACAUCCCCUCUGCUAUUACUUUGACCAUGUUAAGUGUGACACUCGUUGUGAGGCCUCAUCUUCUGUGAUUCCUCAUCGUAUCAACUCUUCUCGUCUAUUCUCUAGUAUGUCUUCUAGUAAGCUGAAGAAGGAUAAAACAGGAGCAAAUCAGGAAUACACAUCUUGAUCUGACAUAGCUCAUCUCCAAUACUUCACACUUCUGAUCUUCACUAACAUUAUGCUCCACCGCUGGUUAGUCUGAUAACUCUGAUUGUGGAUGUUCUUCGGCUCCUUUUUUAAAACAAAAUGUUAUAUGUCAUUCCCCAACAUACUUCAGGGUCACAUCAUGCCUUUAGAGCUUGGCCUCUGGUUUCAUCUCCACCCCUUCAUCGUUUGUUGAAUACUUCAACUAUGUUCAUGAUAUCUCUUUAUAUGUUUGUUAUGGUUAUUUUACUUUCCACUUUGAUCAACAAUUUCCAAACAUAAGACAUCUAAAAUUGAGUAUCUGAUGAUACAAAAUGAUUGUGUAAACAGUGUAUUUUACUACAUGUGUUCAAACAUGAAUUACUCCAUGGAAUUACCGAUAUACCCAUCACUCCAUAAGGUUACAAGUCCAUUAUCAUUCGAGUGUCAUGGAAAAAUUGGAGGGUUAUAGUCCACUUGAUAUUCAAUGAUAUCUAUAUUUUUCAAAGAUAAAUCUUAAGGGCCCAUUUACUAACAUGAAUAUUUUCUGUUUUUUCAGAAAACUGGAAAACUGGAGAAAGAAAAACUGAAAAAAACGUUUACCUGUUUAUUCUCCAAAAUUGAAAAACAGGGACAUGCUUAUGGUUUUCUUCUUAAAUUGGAGAACUCACCUUACGUGUUUUCCAAAAUGGAAAUACGCACUACGCAGCGCUACACUGCGUCUUGUAUUUGUUUCGCGCUCGAAUAUCUGAUUAGGACAAAUUUUUUUAACUACAUAUUUUUUGAGAUCUAUGCGACGGUGUAUGUUUAAUUAUAUUUUGUUUAUUAAAUUAUGAAAAUCAAUUUCACGCUUUUAGUAUUUUAUAACUUACUUUUAGGUAUCAUAGUUUUCCCCAGAAUUUAAAUAAGUUUCUAAUACUAACUCUGAUCCAUAGAUCAUGAAAAAACAUGUGGCUUAAAAAAGUAUUACUAGUGUUACGUACUCAAACAUGUUAUGAAAAACACGUGGCAUUAAAAAUAAGUUUCUAAUGCUAACUUUGAUCCAUAAUUUUAACGUCAAAGUAUUACUAGUGCUGUGUAUUUGUUUUUCAACACAAUGUAGCUUCUUGUUAAAAAAUGUCACGUAUUAAGUUUUGUUUGUGGAUUAUCAUUUAUGAAAACGUUUUGUCUUAUUUCAAAUGUUUCUAACUAUGGGAACUUUAUUUUGCAUUAUACACACAUUAAUUUUUUAACGGUGAAAGGUAAUAUUUGUUAUUCUUUAUGUCUUCGAUUCUAUCGGAUUUCAAUUUCUCAAGUAUUUUUUAUGUCUUCGAUUCUAUCAGAUUUCAAUUUGUCAAGUAUAUAUAUAUAUGUAUAUAUAUAUAUAUAUAUAUAUAUACAUACUUACGUUAUGGUUUUAGAAAACAUGUCUUCAGAUUUGGAAAAUGAAAAACUAGAAAAUGAAAACAGAAAACUGGAAAAAUAAGUAACAAAAUGUAUCUAUACUUGAUGCUUAACUUCCUUGACCUCUUUGUUACAGAUGUUUUCUGCUCCACGGAUCUAUAAGAAAACUGAAGAAUCCAUUUAUACCUUUUUUAAAGAAACUCCUGAUGAUCAUUGGGUGAGAACAACAGAUUUCACACAAAAUUGUAUCAUUGGCCAUUCUUCUGCCUUGUGUUUGAAUCUUCAUUUGGAUGUCGAGUUACCAAAUUUGUGUGAUGAUUUUGCAUAUGAUAACCAAAUUGUAACUCAUUUCACUAUGGAUUAUGGUUCCUCAUUCUCUUCUAAUUCAGUUAUUGUUCCAAUUUUUCAUCCUCCAUUGGGAAUCGAGCUACCAUUCAAGUUACAUUUCAAGAUUUGCUCUUUGGUUCAACAUGGAUGCCUUCCAGGUCCAUCACUAAAUGAUGAGUUUUUUGCCUUAGUCGAUCCAGGAAAAGUGGAUAUCAAUUUAAUAGAAUAUGCAUUGGAAAAAAUGUACCGAUUAAAGGAGUGUUGCUAUGAUCCCGUGAAGUGGCUGACUGAGCAAUAUCACUGCAAGUUUAAACAUAUGAUCAAAUCCAAUGUGAUCAAGCUGGAUGAAGGCCUUAUGUAUGUACGAAGAGUUAUUGUUACACCAAUGAGGGUAUACUUCUGCGGGCCUGAUGCAAUUUUAUCUAAUCGCGUAUUGCGCCAUUAUUGUGAGGAUAUUGACAAUUUUGUUCGUGUUUCUUUCAUGGAUGAGGAUUGGGAGAGAAUGCAUUCGGUAGAUUUAUCUCCUUCUCCACCUACUAAUAAUGGUGUGGUGGUGAGGACAGAUAUAUUCAACAGGAUAAUGAAAAUACUUGAAAAUGGCAUUGUUAUUGGGGACAAAGCAUUUGAGUUUCUUGCAUUCUCAUCAAGCCAGCUGAGAGAAAGUUCUCUCUGGAUGUUUGCAUCUAGACCCGGACUUUCUGCUACCGAUAUAAGAUCUUGGAUGGGAGAUUUUAAAAAGAUUAAGAAUGUGGCCAAAUAUGCAGCGAGGCUUGGUCAAUCUUUUGGUUCAUCUAGAGAAACUUUUGUUGUUGGUAAAGAUGAGAUUCAAAUGAUUCCAGACAUAGAGAUACACACGGAAGGAAAAAAUUAUACAUUCUCUGAUGGGAUAGGGAAAAUCUCAGCUGAUUUUGCUCAAAAGGUUGUGUAUGGAUCUAAUUUGACACAUAGCUUAUGAAUUAAACCUUAAAUAUAAGAUACACUUAUCCCCUCCUAACACUCUUCCCCAUGAAUUACCCAAUUUCUAAUAGGUUGCUAUAAAAUGCGGCCUUAUGAAACAUCCCUCCGCUUUCCAAAUCCGGUACGGCGGAUUUAAGGGAGUUGUGUCUGUUGACCCUUCGUCCUCAAAGAAAUUAUCCUUAAGAAAAAGUAUGUUGAAGUUUGAAUCAGAGAACAUCAAGCUGGAUAUUCUAGCUUGGAGCAGAUAUCAGCCCUGCUAUCUAAAUCGCCAAAUUAUCACUCUUUUAUCUAGUCUCGGUAUUCACGACCACGUGUUUGAGAAGAAGCAGAGGAAAGUAGUUGGUCUGAUGGACAAGAUGCUCAUCGAUCCAAACAUGGCACAAAAAUUUCUAAAAUUGAUGCCAUCAGGAGAAAACACCAAACUUCUAAUAGCGAUGCUUAAUUGUGGCUAUAAACCUCACAUAGAGCCAUUUCUUUCUAUGAUGUUGCAAACAAUAAAAGCAUCAAUGGUUGAGGAUUUGAGGACAAGAACAAGAAUAUUGAUACCUAAUGGUAGAUCAAUGAUGGGGUGCAUGGACGAAACUAGGACUCUUGAAUAUGGUCAAGUAUUUAUUAAGUUUUCUGUUGUUGAUCGUGGACAUUAUUCACAACUCAAUGAAUAUGACAACAUUUUAGUGGGAAAAGUCGUUGUUGCAAAGAAUCCGUGCUUGCAUCCCGGUGAUGUUCGUAUACUACAAGCGAUUGAUGUUCCUGUUUUGCACCAUAUGGUGGACUGCAUAGUCUUCCCCCAACAAGGAGAUAGGUACUAACCUGUGUGUUUGUGUGCAUUUUCUCUCGCAUGUGUGGCAAAGAGAUUGAGACAUAUAGUGAGGAAAUUAAAGUUAUAUUACCCCGUCCCUUAAAACUUUGUCAACGGUGAUAAACUUUAGCCAAUGAUUUUGAUUAGUAUAACUAUGAAAGUUAUCAAUUUUAUGCUUUUAUGAAAGUAUUUUCUACAAAGAACGUUUUUGUAUAAUUUUUUAUAUUACAAAUCAAUUCCUAUAAAAAAAUAUCAUAUCAUUGGCAAAGUUUAAGUUGAUUGACAAAAAAAUUUAAAGAUGGCUAAUUUUUAAGGGAAAGGAGUACAAAAUAUCAAGUAUUCAAGUUCGACAUGUAGUGGUAUGAAGUACAUAAUCUUACUUAUCAACGGUGGAGACUUAGGGUCUAUUUGCAACAGCUUCUGCUUUUAAAAAAGUGUUUUUUUUAAUGAAAUGGGGAGAAGUGAUUAAAUAAAAGUUGAUAGUGUUUGAGAAAAAAGUGAUUUUGAAAAGUAAAAGUGGGUAGUGUUUGGUAAAAUAAGUGUUUUUUGUGUAAUAGAAAAAGUAAAAGCACUUUUGACGCGGAAGCCGAAAAAAAUAAAAGUUGUAGUGUUUGAGAAAAUAAGUGCUUUUUUAAAGCCAAAAGCUGAGAAAUGCUUUUUUAAAAGCAGUUGCAAACCAACCCUUACACUAUAAAUCUCAUUGUGUAUAACUCCAAGCAUAUUAUACCAUUUUAUUUACAGAUAUGACAUUAUGGUUUGGAGCUAUUGCACAUUGCAAUAGUUUAGCAAUUUUAUAAGAAUAAAUUCCACUUUUGGUCCUACGAGUUUUGGGUCAAUUCCACAUUUAGUCCACACAUAUCACUUUGUCCACUUUUGAUACAUGACUAUUGUAUCUUCGCCCAUAUAUGGACCUUCCGGCAUUGUUUCUGAUGGUUAUAAUCUCCGGAAAAGGACCACAAAUGGUUAAAAAACAUAGUCAAGUACUAAAAGUGGACAAAGUGAAAGAUGUGGACUAAAAAUGAAAUUGACACAAAACUCAUACGACCAAAAGUGGAAUUAAGUCAUUUUAUAAUAUAUGACCCCAAUUUAAACUAAAACUUUUUCUUUUCUUUUUAUAAAAUGUAACAUCUGAACUUAAAGUAUGUUUAACUAUACACUUAGGGAUUGAUAUAUUUAAAAAUAUAUUCAUUGUGACUUGAUGUUUAUAGUGAUCUUUAUCAUUAUUAAAGCAUUUAUAUAUUCUUCAUAUAUUGAACUUGGUGAUAGACCUCAUCCAGAUGAAUGUUCUGGAAGUGAUCUGGAUGGAGAUUUUUAUUAUGUUUGUUGGGACAAUGACCUUAUUCCAAGAUCCAUGGUACCACCAAUGGAUUAUACUCCUCCUGCCACUCAACUCCAAUGUGAUGUUACCAUUGAGGAUAUUCGGAAGUACUUUGUAGAGUACAUUAUGAAUGAUACUUUAGGUAUGAUUUCAAAUGCCCAUGUUGUGGUUGCUGAUAGAGAACCAACCAUGGCAAUGAGUGAGCCGUGCAUGCAACUUGCCCACCUCUUCUCCAUUGCAGUUGAUUUCCCAAAGACCGGAGUCCCCGCUGAGAUGCCAUCAAACUUACGCAUCAAGAAGUACCCCGACUUCAUGCAGAAGUUUGACAAACCCUCCUACAAAUCAACCCGAAUCAUCGGCAAGCUUUUUCGGCAAGUCCAAUCCAUCCCCCGAAGUUCUGCCGCUCCUUUCUCAAAAGAAAGAGCUAAGAAAUUGUACGAUAUGGACAUGGAAGUGGAUGGAUUUGAGGAUCACAUUUGCAAAGCUCUUGAGCACAAGAAAUUGUAUGACUACAAGCUUGGUAGUUUGAUGGAUUACUAUGACAUAAAAACUGAAGCUGAAAUAGUAAGUGGUCGGAUCACCAAUCCGACCACGAGGUUGUUUGAUCGCCGAAGAGAUUCUGAGGCUGUGAUCUUAGCCUAUAGGUCAUUGAGAAAGGAGGCGAGGUCAUGGUUUGAGAAAGGGAGGAACAGUGAAUGUUCUGAUGAUUUAAAGGUGAAAGCUUCGGCUUGGUAUCAUGUCACUUAUCACCACACUUAUUGGGGUUGUUAUGAAGAGGAUGAAAUGAGACGUGAACAUUUUAUUAGCUUCCCAUGGUGCAUCUAUGAGGAGCUGAUUCAAAUUAAAAAGGACAGAUCUAACACAAUAUGGGGUGCCCAAUUUUCUUCACUCGAAUGGACAUGUAAUAUCUGCUAAUUAUAUUCGAAUUUCACGAUGAAUGUAAAUAUGAUCUGAAUGUAAAUAAUGAAAUAACUACAGCAAAGGACACUCGGUCGGAUAUCUGACCCAACAACCUCACAACCCCUAUAAAAGUUCCUCUUUCCUUCCCAUGUUUGAUAUCCAUUUAUCCCAUAUAAUUAAGCUUAUUUUAGAUUAGUAUUGUUAUUACAUUUUCUUGUGUGUUUAGACUCCAAUGAGGAGCUAAACUUCGCUAUCUUAGUUUUCCUAAGCUGAAACUUAUUGAAUAAAAAUUGUGAGUUUUUUAAACUUCUCUUCUUGAAUAUUAAUUUUU